AUGAAAUUGACUGUCAAGACUUUGACGGGCAAGGAAGUAGAUGUGGUUGUAGACUCAACGGACAAAGUGUACCGCAUUAAAGAAUACCUGGAGGAAAAAGAGGGAAUUCCACCAAGCCAGCAGAGGCUGAUCUUUCAAGGCAAACAAAUUGACGACGAGAUGACAAUUUCUUCUGCGAACUUGAGCACAGGGAUGCAACUGCAUUUGGUUCUAACGCUCCGCGGCGGAGCCUGA